AUGGCUUGUGUUACUCUCAUCUCUCUUAUCCGAACAUUAGAGUUGGAGUUCUUACAACGCCAAUCCCGUGUGGUUCUUGAUGACAACCAAAUCAUCCACUUUCUUCAUCAAAGCCUCUCUCUUUUGCAAGCCCUUCUUGAGGAAUCAGAGAAAAAGCUUUGGGUUAGUGAUGAUGAGGCUUUUAAAGAUCUGAUUGCAAGAGUUAAGGACAUAACUUUCAAAGCUGAAGGUGAUAUUGAAUCUCAAGUAAUGGAGAUUGUUUCUAUGGGGGAUCAACCAUCUUCUCUUGAAGGACUCCAUCAAAUCUUGCAAAGUCUUGCACGAGACAUUGACGGGAUUAUCGAGUGCAUUAAGAAAAGAAGAAACAUUAAAGAGUCAUAUUCUCCUCAUCAAUCGGUUUCGUCAUCAAACCAUGAUGAGAACAUCAUAGUUGGUGGUUCCACCCGAGGCCGGAUUUCAAAGCUCGACGAAGAAGAUAUGGUAGGGCAUGCCAUGGAAUUGGCUAGGAUGAAGGAAAUGCUCCUUCAAGGCUCACCUCCAGAACGACAAGUUGUGUCCAUUGUCGGUAUGGGAGGUAUAGGCAAGACAACUUUCGCCAAAAUAAUCUAUGAUGAUCUGUCAAUUAGAUCCCAUUUUGACCUCCAUGGUUGGACAACAGUGUCUCAAGAUCAUAAUUUGAGAAAAAUUCUUCAUCAUCUUUGUCAUUCUAUUGUACAAAUGACUAAUGAUGAAAUUAACAAGGUAGACACCCUUGACCUAGCAAACAAACUGCGCCAAUGUCUAAUGGGUCAAAGGUAUCUACUUGUAAUGGAUGACGUAUGGGACACUAAAGUUUGGGAUGAUGUCCAAAGAUGUCUUCCAGAUGAUUUCAAUGGUAGUCGAAUAUUGUUGACAACUCGACUCAAAGAGGUGGCAAACUAUGCUGGUUUAAGUAAGUAUGUUUGUACCUUGUCAUUUUUAAAUUUGGAUGAAAGUUGGAAGUUAUUCUACUCUAAAGUUUCCAACGAGGAAACCUUGCCGGUAGAACUCGAAGAAAUUGGGAGGCGCAUUAUUCAUAAAUGCCAAGGGUUGCCACUUGCUAUUGUUAUAGUUGCAGGGCUUCUAUCAAAAACAGAAAAUUGGGAAAGUGUUGCAUCAGCAAUAAAUUUAUCUGCCACUUCAACUCUUCAUGAACAAUGCUCAAAGAUACUCACUUUGAGUUACAGCAAUUUACCUUAUCGUUUGAAAUCUUGCUUUUUAUACUUUAGUGUUUUUCCUGAAGAUUAUGAAAUGCCCACAAAAGAUCUUAUCAAGUUAUGGAUUGCAGAGGGAUUUAUUAAAGUGGAUAGCGAAAGAAACUUGGAAGAAGUUGCCAGUGACUAUCUACAAGAUCUAAUUGGCAGAAACUUAGUGCUUAUUAGUGAGUUAAGUUUGUUGGGCAAUAUUAAGGCAUGCAGAAUUCAUGAUUUGGUAUAUGACUUGUGCUUGAGAAAAGCUAAAGAUGAGAAGCUUUUGUCUGUUAUUCAUGAAGAGAUUGAGAGUGUUCAGUUAGAUGAAACCCAACCAAAGUGUUAUGAAGAUGGCAAUCGCUGGUAUGUAGGGGCUAUAAAACAUCAUUGUAACCUACAAACAUUAAUUGUACAAGAUCACAAUGCUAAUGGCUCUCAAGAUGAUGUGGGCAGAGAGUGGUUGCAUGGUGUUUGGAAGUCUCAAAGCUUAAGGUACAUCAAGUUUCCCUUUCAAUUCCCAAAGCCGCAUAUUGAUGAGGAUGUUGUUCAAGAAAAUUUGCAAACUCUUUAUUGGUUGCCUGAUUUUCAGUGUACGAAGCAAUUUGUUUUGGGGAUUCCAAAUGUUCAAGUGUUAGCAAUUAGAUGUAGUGUUGAAGAAGAAUCUGAAUUUGAAAUCCAAACUUGGUGGGAAAAUCUUUGCUAUUUAGCUAAGCUUAAGAAACUAAAAUGGGAAGCUAUUGCCGCCUUUAGCAUAUUGCCAAAUCUUGAAGUGCUCAAACUUAUCCGUGCAGAGUGCAUGGGAGAAGAGUGGGAAACUAUUGAUGGCGGCUUUCUUAAGUUGAAGUUUUUAUUCAUCAGUGAUGCAGAAUUGAAGUAUUGGAAUAGCACGAGUGAUCAUUUUCCUGUCCUUGAGCGCCUAGCCUUGCACUAUUGCUAUUAUUUACAUGAGAUUCCUGCGGGUUUUGUAGAUGUUUUGACAUUACAAUUGAUUGAUUUAAAAGCUUGUACUCCUUCUCUUGUGGAGUCAGCCCGGCAAAUUCGUGAUGAGCAAGAGAACUUAUAUGGAUACGAUGAGCUUAUUGUUUGA